AUGGCCAAUGUAAUCGAAUUUCUGUUUGGAUCAAAAAUGCGAAUCAGGUACUUCCGAUUUCUCCUGGACAAGAUGUUUGGCUUCCAGAAACCGAACCUAUCUGGUUUAGAGGUUGUCAACGACUCGAUUGGAGGUGUCAAGGUCAGAAUCUACACUCCACACCAGAAACAAAGCAGGGGUGCUCUGGUUUUCUUCCACGGAGGAGGAUGGGUGGCAGUAAGGCCAGAGUUUUAUGACGUCCUACUCGCGUCGCUGGUCCGCCGCCUUGGAGUGACGGUGAUCUCUGUUGAUUACCGACUAGCACCAGAGUAUCCUUUCCCAGCGCCUGUCGAUGACUGCGAGAGGGUCGUCAAGGAUUUGUACGAACAUAGGUCAGUUAAUUACCAUUACACCUUUGAAGCGAGCACCUCAGUUACUUCGAUGUUAUGGAAAUAA